UCCAUCCAGCAUCGAAUUUUCACGUUUGCACUAGUUUCGCUACUACUACUACUACUUUGGUGGUGGUAGUUCGCGUAGCAGCUGUUUUUCCUUUUUUUCGUCCCAUUCGUUUCGCAAUCGGUGACAGUGAUGGAAGAUCAAAGUGUUGUUGAUUGUUGAUGGCGUCUUGAGAGUGAGAUAAUAAUUGUUGUGUUUGUGUGGAUUUUUACUUCUGAUGAGAAGUGACCAGAUGGAAAACUUGUUUAGGCCGUGGAUGUUUUUCAUUUUUUGUUUUUUGUUUACUGGCAUCUAUAGUUUAAAGGACAUAGAAGUGUUUAUUCCUUUGGCAGUACGUGUGAGAGAUACAAUAACCUUGUACUGUAAAUUUGACUUAGAAGGAGAACCACUGUACACAGUCAAAUGGUACAAAGGAAGAAACGAGUUCUUCAGUUUUAUACCCAAAGAGCUUCCUAGCACCAGGGUGUUUGCCCUACCGGGCUUAGAUGUAGACUUAAGCAAGAGCACUUCAAACGAAGUAGUUUUGAGAAAUGUUCAACCGGAAGUAACCGGCAAGUAUAGAUGCGAAGUUUCCUCGGACGCCCCAAGUUUCGACACAAAGUCGAACGGAGGAAGCCUCUACGUUAUCGAUCCACCUUUAGACGAUCCCUGGCUAAGCAUCGACAAAAAUUACGUAGAUAUCGGAGACAUCAUUAGCGGCAAUUGUACGUCACUACCGUCAUAUCCCGCCACGAAUAUCAGCUGGUAUCUGAACGGCAAACGCAUCCAGGAUAGCUUUACUAGGAUAUCACAGGUUAUACCAGAGUUCAGUUCUGGCUACAAAAAGCAUUACAUUACAAUCUCGGGCAUCGAGUUGCACGUAAUGGACAGCACGUUUCAGAAUGGAAAGGCAGUGUUAAGUUGUGUGGCUACUAUUUUCAAUAUUUACCGAGGGGAGAGGAAGGAAAUGCUUGAGGAAGCCAAACCUAGACCACGACCUUCUUCAGUGUUAGGAGUAAUGUCUGGUGGGCAGCAGACGAAAACCUCGACGGCGAAGUUUAUCUUGACCCUUUUAUUCAUGAAUGCGCUUCAAUAAACGCGCCCGGAUAUUAUGUACGUAUUUAGAGAAAAAUAAAUAUAAUAAAGAGAAAAAAAAAAGAAUAACAGGAACAACAGGGGUAUUUUUGUAUUGGCGAUUUUUUGUGUUUCUAGUGACCUGUAUUACAUUGAUUUACACUUGUAAUUUGAAGCUAUAAUAGCGAGUUAAUGGGAUUAAAAUAAGUCCAGUUACGGUAGUAAAACUGAAAAUCUCGUAAGAAUAUUAAAGUACUCACUGAAAUUGAUUCGGUGGAUACAUGAUUUUGUGGAUGGAAAGUUGAAAAGUUAUAAACUUUGCAAAGAAAAUAAACUCAAAGUCUCUUUCAUAGAAGAAAAGUAAAAAGCAUUUUUCAUGUUACAGUAUUGACAUGUACUAAGCAGUUUAAAGUAUUUACAGCAAAGUUUAGAGAACAAACAAUCAUCGUAUUUUAUUCCCAGUAAUCUCAAAUAUGUUCUACUACAACUUAAGGUUAGAUAAUUAAUUGUGUUCAAUUAUUAUUUAAUUGGAAUCCUAUAGUAUUUCUAGUUGAAAUUGAUAUAUAUAGAUAUAUCAUUUUAAAGGUUUUAUUACAUGCAUUAAGUUAUAAAAAUCACUCUGCUAUUUACACCCGUUACACUUUUUUUUAUAACCAUUUGUUUAAUAAAGAAUUGAUUUUUUUUAGGUUUUAAUGUUCUAAGUAGAUAGAUACAAGGGGAAGCGGGAGGUAUAUUCUGACAAAAAUUAUGACAAAAUAAUAUUUUUUUAAGGAUUUUAAGUGCCUGGAAGAAAUAAGUAAAUAUUUAAUUCCCUGGACAAAAUAAGAAAUAAAUCAAAGAGUACUGGUAUGACUCAGAAUUUCGAGUAUCACUCAAUAAAAUGAAAAAGAAAAAGACAGGUAAAGUGGAAAAUUAAUAAUAAAUUUAAACAAGAAAAUCGAGAAACCCAACAAAUAUUAAGGAAAAAUUACAAUAAAAUCAAAAAAGAAGGCCUUAAAGGGACGAAUUGUUUUUUUUUAUUGCCAUAUUAUUCCUGUAAUUCAGCCAGGUAUUUUAAGGAAUCCUUCAACUGCCUUAAAUAAAUUAAAAAUUAUCAUAACUGCAAUAUAAUAAAAAAACAUACAGAAAAAUCGGA